GAGACAUCCUUUCUUCCAACCUCAUCAUAAAAUGUGUCAUCAUGCACCUUUGGAUGGAGAGACAUUGAGAGAGAGUGAGGGCUUCAAAACCCUUCUCUCUCUCUCUCUUCUUCAACCCUCUCCCAAAGUUCCAACUUUAACUUUUCACCGCCACGCAUAAUUUAGUCUUUUUUCUUGCAGACCCAACAGCAAAGCUUGACAUUAGGAUAUACUUAAGUCUCUCUGCACAAAAACACACAAAGAUAGCUAGAGAGAGAACCAGCACAGAGAGAGAGAGAUACUGACUUAAUGUUAUUAUAUGUUUGAUUAGCAUAUAUUAAUACACCCAUAAAACAGGUGCCCAUACUCUUAGGUUUCCUCUUGAUUUCAUCCAUUAGGACCAUCUGCAUCAGCUUCUUCAGUUCUUAUUGUUGAGUUCUUAAUUUCUUUCUCUCUCAGUAACCCAUCACUCUCACGCUAAACUACUGAUAGUUUUGAUAACCAAUCAAUUAUUUUAAAUAUCAAGAGAGAAUUUACUAGGUAGCUAGCUCUUAUGUUGAUGAUCAAUAAGAUGGCAACAGGAGAACCGAUUAUGGGAAGUGUUUUCAAUCAACAAAAUCCUGCUGAUUUUGUGGUUGGAUCAAUUAAUAAUCCAUUACCAAACAUAAAGAAAAAGAGAAACUUACCGGGAACACCAGAUCCUGAAGCUGAAGUCAUAGCUUUAUCACCCAAGACACUUAUGGCAACAAACAGAUUCUUGUGUGAGAUAUGUGGAAAAGGAUUUCAAAGAGAUCAAAAUCUUCAACUGCACAGAAGAGGACAUAACCUUCCAUGGAAGCUUAGACAAAGAAGUAGCAAAGAACCGAAAAAACGCGUAUAUGUUUGCCCAGAAAAAGGUUGUGUUCAUAAUCAUCCUUCGAGGGCUCUUGGAGAUCUUACGGGUAUAAAGAAACACUUUUGUAGAAAACACGGAGAGAAGAAAUGGAAGUGUGAAAAGUGUUCAAAGCGAUAUGCCGUGCAGUCUGAUCAGAAAGCUCACGCCAAAACUUGCGGUACUAGGGAAUAUAAAUGCGAUUGUGGUACUCUAUUCUCGCGGAGGGACAGUUUUCUCACUCAUAGAGCGUUCUGUGACGCCUUAGCAGAAGAAACUGCACGAGUCACGGCUGCAAACAUCAACCACUCUAUAGGAAAUAAUAAUGGUUGCAUCAAUUAUCAAUUCGUGGGAUCUUCUCUGGGACCUAACAUGGUGCAGCAUUUCUCUUCCAUUUUCAAACCAAUCCCAACAAACGAUGAAGAACUGUCGAACAAACAUAAUACGCCAGGACUUUCUCUAUGGAUGGGUCAAGGAUCCCAAGUUAAUCCAAUAGGCAAUACUACCACUAUCCAAGAAUUACAUCAAAUGGGGUCUUCGAAUUCAGGAACACUCUAUGGUGAUCCAUUUUCUUGCUCAAAUGCUCAUCAACAGUCGGAUUAUCAAUUAGAUUGGGUUCUUGGAAGAAAGCUUUCUUCGACAAGUUCGGGGGAAUUACUAACAUCUAUUAAAGAAGAUGGUAGUCCUCAACUACUUAGUGCCCCUUCUUUAUAUAGCACUCAGCACCAACAACAACCAUCUAUGGCAAACAUGUCAGCAACUGCAUUGUUGCAAAAGGCUGCACAACUAGGAGCAACAACUGCCACCAAUCCAUCAGUUCUAAUGAGUUUUGGAGUAAAGAGCAGUGAUGAUCACAACCAAGAUGUUAGCAAAUUUAAUGGGUUCUGCUUCGGUUCAAACUUAUCAACAAAUACUAAUCUUGGAUCCCUUGCAGAAACCCCAUUACUCGAUCUUUCUACAACAUCGAUAAACCAGUUCGAAAUGUACACACCUGCGGCAAAACGUCGAAAGUUAGAGGAUGCUGAAGGAGGACAAACAAGGGAUUUCCUGGGGGUAGGUGUCAAAACUACUACUGCUGCCAUAUGUCCUUCCUCAAUCAAUGGAUGGACUUGAUGAAAAUAUCCAUGGUUGUGAUCUCAUGAAUCAUAUUUAAUCUCUCUAAUGGAAAAAAGCAAUUAAGUUGAUGAUAAGAAAAGUUAAGGUUGGAAAGAAGGGAGAUUUAAUGGGUUAUAUUAAUAAUAAAGAUCUAUGUUGGGAACUUUCGAUGAAAAAUUAGAAAGGUGGGUAUUGAGUGCUCAAUUGAUGGCUAAAAAAGAUGGUGUUUAGAAAAUUAUUCAAGUGUCUUUAGAUCAAGGAUAUGAAUGAAGUUGUACAUUGCAUAUUCUCUCUUGGACCCUGAAAGUUGCUGCUUUUAUAAAAAUCGCUAGCUUUUUUGAUUUUGGGGAAGAAAAGUUGGGAGAUGAGUAGUGGGGACAAAGCUAAGAAUCCCUUUUAUGCUCUAUUAUUGAACAUAUGCUGUUGUUUCACCUCACUCGUGUUUUUUAUUUUUAUCAAGUCUUUUCAAAGUACUUGAGUGCUUAAUCAAAGUAAUAGACUAGGGUUUAGUACUCA